AAUCAAGGCACCAGGGAUUGCAGUCCAGCUGUUGUGGCAUAAAUCAAUAUUUAAAAUGCAUAAUAGUGAUUUUUUUCUUCCUCUGAAAGUAGGGAUUUUAUAUGCUUGAUUUCUUCUUUUAUCAAAAUGUCCAACUUUGUCUAGGAAGGACUUCAAAUUUAGCUUUGUUUUCUGUUUAGAUUUAUUAUUCAACAGUGGGGUAACAGAACAGUAAUAUAACUGCAUUUUUAAUCUUUGAUGCCUGUGCCCUCUUGGGGGUUGCUGAAGCUGUGAAUUUCAUGAAUUGACAACAAUCACAUUCCUUACCCAGUUUGGGCAACUGCUAAUCCUCUGACCCCAGUUUGCCUUUAGCAAAGGUGACUUGGUUCUAUUUUAAUGGCUCAUUAAAGGAAAAGCUGAAAAAUUUCUAAGUAGCCAUACCUAGAAAGGGAUCCUAAUCUUCAUCAUUCUAAAUAUAAAGGAAAACACAUCUUUCCUUCUAAAAACAAGAGAUUUUUGCAGAAUACUAGCCUUUGGCUAUAUUCCUUUAUUGUCUAGGUUUUGUCUUGAAAUUCUCUUUUAUCAUUUUAGUUCAUCUCUUGAUUUAUACUGAGAACAGCUUUUAUUCUAAGACUACGAACCAAAUGCACUGAUUUCGCAAAACUCGUCCCCGGAGCUCGGAUGCCCAUCUUCAAAUUUCUACCGUGUGCCUCUGGCCCCCAGGGUGAAGCACUGCCUGAGUGCAUUAAUGGCAGAAUCACAAUGUUAUUGUCAGAAUGGUGGCAUCAUCACACUUUGACGCUGACAUCCUCCUUUCUUUCUUCUCACUGCAGAAACACUAAGGCUAAAGGUUAAAGGAUGAGGUUUAUUAAAUAAUUCAAGCCAUUAACCUGCAACCUGCAAACCCAUGGCAGCCUAUUAAGUUUACGCAGCCAUGAUUCAUGUUUGGUGUUUACUGAUGCUAAAACAUAUUGCCUGUUUGUUUUACUUUUAUUGCUCCAUAGUAUUGUAGCGAGGAAGAAGAAUGAAAAAAAAAGGUGACAGGACCCACGCAAAGGGACAAUAAGAGCAGCAGACUCACUUGCAUAAAGAAGAUUGAAGCCUUCCCUCCCUCCCUCCAUCUCUCGGUAUAGGCCCCAGUGCACAUCUGCGUCACUUACGGGGAGGAGGCGCUGAGGCAAAGAGAAAAUUGUACUGUGAGGACCUUGACAGCUUCACCCGCGCGGGCUUUUCCUUUUGCUUUCCUAUGUUUUCGGGAAUAUUUAUUUUUUUCCCUUUUAUAAACUGACUAUACAAAACUACCCCUUUUCUCCUUGCAGAAGGCAUCUGACUUUCUCAAAGAAACCCGCAAGCUCUUCUCAGGGCAUCCCGGAGAGGCCAGGGAGAGGGGCGCAGGUGCACCGGAAAGGCUGCGGGAGUGCGCUUCUUCGCGACUUGGGGAUCUUUCUCUCUCUCUGCGCUCUCCUGGCACUGAACUCUAAGCUGCCAGGAUAGGAGAGCCAAUAGCUUCUCGACUGAGGUUCUGCGACGGGUGCAUCCCAGGGAGGUGUAUCCAGCUGCCACCGCCUCCCAAGAUUCUAGCCUCAGGGUGCGCAGACCUCUCUCCCUUCCGCAUCUCCAGCUUAAGGGUUGUCCCUCUCCGCGGUAACCACCGGAUCCCCGGGCCGGGAUCUGAGAUUCUCAGCCCUCUGCGUCCCGCUCCUGCCUCUGCUCCCCGCGAUUGAGCUCCCCACGCGCAGGUUCUGUGGACCUGACCGCAGCUGAGCCCCGCGGCUCUCCUCUCCGCCCUCAGGUUGUCGCCAGGCAGGGCACGCAGCCGCCUGGCCCCAUCUGAUCCCGGGGUGCAGAGGGCGCCUGCCUCCUCUUCCUCCAACCCGGGCUCUAUUGGCCUCCCCACCCGCUGCCCCGUCUACUUCUGAGCCAACUGAGGUCUUUUCGCCUUCCUUGCAUCAAGCAUGUCAGGCUCUGGGCGAAAAGACUUCGAUGUGAAGCAUAUCCUUCGACUCCGCUGGAAACUCUUCAGCCACCCGUCGCCGUCUCCAGGCGGCCCUGCUGGGGGCAGCUGCCUGCAACAGGACAGCAGCGGCAGCUUUGAGCACUGGGGACCCAGCCAGAGCCGCCUGCUUAAAAGCCAAGAGAAAGGCAGCGUGAGCACUUUCUGGAAGAAGCCUUCGUCUUCUUCCUCCUCCUCUUCGUCUGCCUCCACGUCCUCUUCCUCCUCUUCCUUCAACCCACUGAAUGGCACCCUGCUGCCGGUGGCUACAAGGCUGCAGCAAGGGGCUCCUGGGCAGGGCACCCACCAACCGGCCAGGACCCUCUUCUACGUGGAGUCCUUAGAGGAGGAGGAGGUGCCAGGAAUGGACUUUCCUGGACCACAUGAGAAAGGACUUGUCCUGCAAGAGCUCAGAGUGGAGCCGGCCACCUCCAGCCAGGCAACAGGUGAAGGAUGUGGACACAGGCUGUCAGCAGCUAGCCAUUCACUGACACCUCAGAGUGAUAUGGACUCCAGUAGCUCUGAAGAAUUCUAUCAGGCCGUGCACCAUGCUGAACAAACCUUCAGGAAAAUGGAAAGUUACUUGAAACAACAGCAACUCUGUGAUGUUAUCCUGAUUGUUGGAAACCGAAAAAUACCUGCACAUAGGCUUGUUCUGAGCUCAGUCUCCGACUAUUUUGCUGCCAUGUUUACAAGUGAUGUUUGUGAAGCCAAGCAAGAGGAGAUCAAGAUGGAAGGAAUAGACCCCAAUGCCCUCUGGGACCUUGUCCAAUUUGCAUAUACAGGUUGCUUGGAAUUAAAGGAAGAAACCAUUGAAAACCUUCUUGCUGCAGCUUGCCUUCUUCAGCUUCCUCAAGUAGUAGAAGUAUGCUGCCAUUUCCUCAUGAAGCUCUUGCAUCCAUCUAACUGUUUGGGAAUCCGAGCAUUUGCAGAUGCUCAAGGAUGCAUUGAAUUAAUGAAGGUGGCCCACAGCUACACAAUGGAAAACAUAAUGGAAGUCAUAAGAAAUCAAGAGUUUUUACUGCUUCCAGCUGAGGAGCUCCAUAAACUCCUGGCCAGUGAUGAUGUCAACGUCCCUGAUGAAGAAACCAUCUUCCACGCAUUAAUGAUGUGGGUCAAGUAUGACAUGCAGAGGAGAUGCAAUGACUUGAGUAUGCUUCUUGCCUUUAUAAGACUGCCACUGCUUCCACCACAGUGCCUAAUAGAAACAUGGAGACAAACCUUGGAGCUAAGGAGAAAAAACAGCUUUUAUUACUUUGCCAGGCAAAGGAAGCCGCAGCAGGCUUAUGCCUUAAAGAUUGUGCCCUCCACUGGGAAGAACUGCAAGGAAUUUUAUAGUAAAAAGGAGAAAAACAGGCUUUCAGAUAGGAAUCAGAUACUGGCCGACCUAGAAAACCAUGCGUUAUUUAAGAAUGAUCUGGAAUGUCAAAAGCUGAUUCUGGAAGCAAUGAAAUACCACCUAUUGCCAGAAAGAAGAACCUUAAUGCAAAGUCCAAGAACUAAACCUAGAAAAUCUACAGUUGGAACUCUGUAUGCAGUUGGAGGAAUGGAUAACAACAAAGGAGCUACAACCAUAGAGAAAUAUGAUCUCAGAACAAAUUUAUGGAUCCAGGCAGGGAUGAUGAAUGGCAGGAGAUUGCAGUUUGGUGUGGCUGUUAUUGAUGACAAACUCUUUGUAAUUGGAGGUCGAGAUGGCUUAAAGACACUGAAUACUGUUGAAUGUUACAACCCCAAAACCAAGACUUGGACCGUCUUACCACCAAUGUCAACACAUAGACAUGGUCUAGGCGUGACAGUACUUGAAGGACCUAUUUAUGCUGUGGGAGGCCAUGAUGGCUGGAGCUAUCUGAACACAGUGGAGAGGUGGGAUCCUCAGAGUCAGCAGUGGACCUUUGUAGCUAGUAUGUCAAUUGCCCGAAGCACAGUUGGUGUGGCAUCAUUGAAUGGCAAGUUGUAUUCAGUUGGAGGUCGUGAUGGAAGUUCCUGUUUGAGUUCAAUGGAGUACUAUGAUCCCCAUACAAAUAAGUGGAACAUGUGUGCUCCAAUGUGUAAGAGGAGAGGGGGUGUUGGAGUGGCCACAUGUGAUGGUUUUCUUUAUGCAGUAGGAGGUCAUGAUGCUCCCGCUUCAAACCACUGUUCUCGGCUACUAGAUUAUGUUGAAAGAUAUGAUCCCAAAACGGACACGUGGACCAUGGUGGCUCCUUUGAGUAUGCCCAGAGAUGCUGUUGGAGUCUGUCUCCUUGGCGACAGAUUAUAUGCUGUUGGUGGUUAUGAUGGGCAGACAUACCUCAAUACUAUGGAAUCCUAUGAUCCACAAACUAAUGAAUGGACACAGAUGGCUUCCCUGAACAUUGGGAGAGCAGGUGCCUGUGUGGUAGUCAUCAAGCAAACUUGACUUAUUUUUAUUUGAAGAGAUUUUAUUUGCUGGAGUGGUUAUUUUUAUAUCUGAGGGCAAAAAUGAGAACUUUCAGAUAUGAAAACUCUUCAAGAACAAGGAUUUUGGCAGAUUUACUUACUCAAGAGAGAUAGAAGAUCAAACAGAAUUAUGGGAGACAAGAAAACAUCAAAGUACUGUGGAAACACUAUCUGUUCAUGUAUUAGUUAGGUCAGGAAUGGUUAUUGGUAAUUUGUAUUGUAGCACACAAUAACUAGAAUUACCAAAGGCUUGUUUUGCUUGACCAGUUGAAAGGAGAGACCUAGAUUUGUGACAUGGAUAAUUUCAUGACUACAACUCAUCCAAUUGCUUUGUAAUCUGUGGCGCUAUCCAAGAGGUUACCAAGACUAGAAGAUGUGAUAUUUCCUAUGACAUAAUCUGAUUGAUUUACUAAUUUCUUAGUCAGAUAUUGUCCUACCAGGAGGCAGAAUGAUGAUUUAUUAAACAUGUUUCUUCCUCAUUCUCCAAAGCUAUGCGGACUUAGAGAAACAGUCUCAUGCUUGUCUCUGGCAUUCAGAAAACAAAGUGUCCUGCUAAUCAAAGCUGCAUAUGUCAUCCUAGAAGAUGGUUGAAAUUUAUUGCAACUGAAUAAGCAAUCUGAAGUUGGCAAACACGAAUGAUUGUUUUCAUUAGUCUUACCAUAUUGCUUUGCUUUUUGAACACGCUGAGCCAAAGAAUCAGUACAAUUAUAGGCUUUUGCCUUAUGAUAACGCUCAGUGUAAGCAUGGAAGCUAGUUAUUCUGAAUGAUAUAUACAUAUAUAUACAUACCCACACACACACAUAUAUAUGUAUAUAUAUCCAUUGCAUGUUGAAGUCCUUUAGAAUUUUGUUUGUAAAAAACUCUUAGAAUUUUGGGAAAUAAAUCUAUGAUCUGUUCAUUUGUAAUGUUAAUGAUCAUUGCUAGAAGGAAGGCAGACUUAAAAAUCUCAUUCCCCACUUUUCAAAAUUGUUACAUUGAUAUGCACAUUAUUUUAUGCCAAAUGUUUGUAAUUGUUUAAAGCAUAAAGUGGAAACAUAACACAUGUCCUUAAUAGGUCCAUGUUAAUUUUAAGUAUAAUUAAUAAAUAAUAGAAAAUUUGCUUUUA